GAACCUGAACUCGGAAACAAGUAUAAAUAUCCGAUGUAAGUCGUCUUUCGUAUCACUUGCAAAACCGUAUUUACAACAGUAUUACAAACAACUUAAAGUUCAAACAGGAUGAAACUUGCAAUCGCCACCCUCUUUCUUGCUGCGGUAGCAUCUGCUAGCAGCUGGGGAAGAGACGGAGGAAGAGAUAGGGGAAGAGACGGAGGAAGAGAUAGGGGAAGAGACGGAGGAAGAUAUAGGGGAAGAGACAAGGGAGGCGACAGGGGAAACAAUGGGGUGAAGAAGUACUACUGUGACGAGAAUUACAGGUGCGGAAAGGGAUAUGUUGCUAAGCACGAUUACGACCACGAGUGCAAUGGCAAAUGUGACAAACGCGAGUGUUGCGAGGAGGAUAAGUACUAUUGUGACGAAGGCUUUAACACGAUAACUUUGACUACGAAUGCAAUGGAAAAUGUGACAAGCGAAUGCUGCAAGAAGGAGGAGUACUACUGUGACGAUAUCAAGUGUGGCAGAGGUUACGAAAAGAAGCACGGCUUCAAUUGCGGGUGUGAUGGCAAAUGCGACAAGUACGAAUGUUACAAAGAGGAAAAGCGGAACAACGGAAAGGACGGGAAGUGGAAAAAGGGGGGUAAUGACUGGAAGUGGAACAAGGGGGAUAAUGACAUGAGAAACAAUGGCAAGAGAAACAGAAACACUGGCAAGAGAAACAGAAACAAUGGCAAGAGAAACAGAAACAAUGGCAAGAGAAACAGAAACAAUGGCAAGAGAAACAGAAUCAAUGGCAAGAGAAACAGAAUCAAUGACAAGAGAGACAGGAACGGACGCCAUUAAGUUCAUAUUGUGGGGUUGGAGUGUGUAUGGUUUGUUUUUGUCUUCUUGUUUUGAUCCACGAGGACUACCGUGUUCGCAACAGAACAUCGGCUUUGUAUGUUGAAGGAUACGUUUGAAUCACAGUUGCAACUUAAAUUGUGAUUAUAUCGUAAAUUGAAUAAAAACAAUAUAUUGCA